AUGGCCGAGGAAACGCCCAACAACCGGCCUAAUACUGGAGGCAGCGAAUCGUCCAGUAGUCGCAACCAAACACCAGUGGAUGACAAGGAGGCCAGGCCAGACACAACGAAGACGGACCCAGAAAAGUUGUCCGACAAAACACCAGGGAGCGACAGUGAGGACCGUGUCGACCUGCAGAAGCUGGAUUCCAAGGUCAUCAAGCCCCAGGGUGAGAAAAAGGCAGAUCCCUACGAGGGCAUGCCCCCGGAGCAGGCCGAAAUCCUGCGGCGCCAGGUCGAGACCCCGGAUGUCAAGAUGGGCAUGGCCACGCUGUAUCGAUAUGCAACACGGGUCGAUCUCAUGCUUCUUGUUGUUGGGUCCAUCUGCGCAAUCGCCUCCGGCGCCAUUCUACCUGCCAUGACGGUUAUAUUCGGCUCCCUCCAAGGCACCUUUGCCGGCUUCUUCAACGGCACCAAGACCUACGACGAGUUCAUGGGCGGCAUGACCGACCUCGUCCUCAUCUUCGUCUACCUGGGCAUCGGCGAGUUCGUCACGACCUAUGUGGCCACCGUUGUGUAUAUCUACACCGGCGAGCACAUCGCUGGCAAGAUCCGGGAGCACUACCUCGAGAGCUGCCUGAGACAGAACAUUGGCUUCUUCGACAACCUUGGCUCCGGCGAGGUCGUUACCCGCAUCACAGCCGACACCAACCUGAUCCAGGACGGCAUCAGCGAGAAGAUCUCCCUGACCCUGGCCGCCCUGGCGUCCUUCCUCGCCGCCUUCAUCAUCGGAUUCGUCAUGUACUGGAAGCUGACAUUGAUCCUCAUCUCGGUCGUUGUGGCCAUUGUGUGCAUCAUGGGCAGUGGUGCGCAGUUUAUCGUCAAGUUCUCCAAAAAGAACAUCAACUCCUACGCGCUCGGCGGUACCGUUGCCGAAGAGACUCUCAGCUCCGUCCGCAACGCCGUGGCCUUCGGGACACAGGACAGGCUGGCUAAGCUGUAUGACACCCACCUGAUCAAGGCCGAGUUCUACGGCAUCCGCCUGAAGAGUGCCAUUGCUAUCAUGAUCGGGUUCCUCAUGCUCGUGAUGAACUGGAGUUAUGGUCUGGCCUUCUGGAUGGGAUCCAAUUACCUGGUUGACGGGGUCAUUCCCCUGCAAAAGGUCCUGACGAUCGCCAUGGCCGUCAUGAUCGGCUCGUUCGCGCUGGGCAACGUCACGCCCAAUGUGCAGGCUUUCACGACAGCCCUUGGUGCCGCCGCAAAGAUCUACACGACGAUCGACCGUGCUUCAGCCCUGGAUAGCUCAUCUACCGAGGGAGAGAAGCUGGAGAAGGUGGAUGGAAGCAUCAGGCUCGAGAACGUCAAGAUGGUCUACCCGUCCCGCCCCGAUGUCGUAGUCAUGGACGACGUGACCCUCGAGAUACCUGCCGGCAAGACCACUGCCCUCGUGGGGGCAUCAGGAUCCGGCAAGUCGACGAUCGUCGGUCUGAUCGAGCGCUUCUACACCCCGGUCCAGGGCAAGGUGUAUCUGGAUGGCCACGACACCUCGAACCUCAACCUGCGGUGGUUGCGGCAGCAGAUCUCGCUUGUCAGCCAGGAGCCGACGCUGUUCGGCACCACCAUCUACGAGAACAUCCGCCAUGGUCUGGUCGGUACCAAGCACGAGCACGAAAGCCCUGAGAGGCAGAAGGAACUUAUCGAGGCUGCUGCUGUGAAAGCGUAUGCCCACGAUUUCAUCACCGCCCUUCCUGAGGGCUACCAGACCAAUGUUGGCGAGCGUGGUUUCCUGCUUUCGGGCGGCCAGAAACAGAGAAUCGCCAUUUCAAGAGCCAUCGUGUCCGAUCCAAAGAUAUUGCUACUGGAUGAGGCGACAUCAGCUUUGGACUCUCGCAGUGAAGGUGUCGUGCAAGCGGCUCUGGAACAGGCCGCGGAAGGUCGAACCACCAUUGCCAUCGCUCACCGUCUGGGUGCAUACUACGCGCUAGUCACUGCGCAGGAGAUCGCGAGGGUCGAAGAGACCGACGAUGAAGAUGGAUCAUCCGACCACGAGAACGGGCCUGUUAAGAAGGAGGUAUCGAACGGGGAGACGGCCGUCGAGGGUGAAGGCUAUGAAGCUGAUCCCGAUGACGCGAACGUCGCCUCGAGGCUUAAUCGCCAGGCCACGUCCAAGUCCCUUUCGAGCGUUGCCCUCCAGGGACGCAAGCCCGAGGAACAGAACAAGUACUCUGUGUGGACACUCAUCAAGACCAUUGCUUCUUUCAACAGGGAAGAGUGGAAACUGAUGGUUGUCGGUCUCAUCUUCGCCGCGCUCUCCGGAGGUGGCAAUCCGGUCAUGUCCCUGAUAUUUGCCAACAUUAUUACGGAGCUGAGUGUGCCCGUCAAUGCUCAGACCAUCCCGGGGAUCAAGUCCAGCGCCCACUUUUGGUGCUUGAUGUAUCUGAUGCUGGGUCUGGCCAUGCUCAUCUGUUUCUCGGUUCAGGGCGUCAUCUUCGCUCUUGGCUCAGAGCGGAUGAUCCACAGAGCACGCGACAGGGCUUUCAGGACCAUGCUGCGCCAGGACGUCGAGUUCUUCGACCGCGACGAGAACACCGCAGGCGCUCUCACUUCCUUCCUUAGCACGGAGACCACACACAUGGCAGGACUUUCCGGUGCCACCCUCGGGACCAUCCUCAUGACCGUCUCGACCCUCGUCACCUGCAUCGUCGUCGCGCUCGCCAUCGGCUGGAAGCUGGCCCUUGUCUGCAUCUCAACGGUGCCUGUCCUGCUCGCCUGUGGCUUCCUUCGUGUCUGGAUGCUGUCACGAUUCCAAACCCGGUCCAAGAGGGCCUACGCGUCGUCCGCCAGCUACGCCUCCGAGGCUGUCACGGCCAUCAGGACUGUCGCGUCGCUGACCCGUGAGGAAGAUGUGCUGGCCAAGUACCGUGAGAGUAUCGCUAGCCAGCUGAAGACCAGCACGAAGUCGGUGCUGAGGUCCUCGUCCCUGUACGCUGCCAGCCAGUCAUUCAUGUUCCUGUGCUUCGCGCUGGGAUUCUGGUACGGUGGAACUCUGAUCGCCAAGCGCGAGUACUCGCUCUUCCAGUUCUUCCUGGUCUUCUCACAGGUCACCUUCGGUGCGCAGUCUGCGGGUACCAUCUUCUCCUUCGCCCCGGACAUGGGCAAGGCCCAGCACGCCACCGGCGAGCUGAAGAAGCUCGCGGAUCGGAAGCCCCAGAUCGACACCUGGUCCGAGGACGGCGACAGGGUGUCCCGCACCGAGAAGGACAGCAUCCAGGGCACCAUCGAGUUCCGGGACGUCCACUUCCGGUAUCCCACCCGGCCCGACGUGCCCGUCCUCAGGGGCCUGAACCUCCAGGUCCAGCCCGGGCAGUACAUCGCGCUCGUGGGGCCCAGCGGGUGCGGCAAGAGCACGACCAUCGCGCUGCUGGAGCGGUUCUACAACCCUCUCGCGGGCGGCGUCUUUGUGGACGGGCGCGAGAUCUCGUCGCUUAACGUCAACGACUACCGGUCCUUCAUCGCGCUGGUGAGCCAGGAGCCGACGCUGUACGCGGGGACGAUCCGCGAGAACAUCCUGCUGGGGGCGACGGACCCGGACAGCAUCACGGACGCGCAGGUGGAGGCGGUGUGCCGCGAGGCCAACAUCUACGAGUUCGUCAUGUCGCUUCCCGACGGCUUCGGCACGCUCGUGGGCUCCAAGGGCACGCUGCUCUCCGGCGGGCAGAAGCAGCGGCUCGCCAUCGCGCGGGCGCUCAUCCGCGACCCCAAGAUUUUGUUGUUGGACGAGGCGACGUCGGCGCUCGACUCGGAGUCGGAGCACGUCGUGCAGGCGGCGCUGGACCGCGCCGCCAAGGGCCGAACGACCAUCGCCGUCGCGCACAGGCUGUCGACCAUCGCCAAGGCGGACUGCAUCUAUGUGUUUGAGAAGGGCGUCGUCGUCGAGGAGGGCACGCACCAGGACCUCAUGCGCGCCAACGGGAGGUACGCCGAGCUGGUGCGGCUGCAGAGCUUGGAGAAGAGCUGA